UGAAUUUUGGCUGCUGCCAUUUCUCACUAAAACAGCGACGACCCUACAACACCGGAUGCUACGCAGCUACAAAAGUUGAACUACCAGUGACACAAAUGACUUGUGCUUGCUAGUGUAAAUGUGGUUGAAGUAUAUAGUGUGAAAGCUGUAGCAAGGUUUGGAAAUGCAAGGCAACUUUGAAGAUAUCCGUUUUCAUGAUAUGGACAGUAGUAAAAACUACAAGGCUUCAUCAGAUGAUGAUAUAUAUGUGAACACAGAGGACUUCCAUCCAAAACCCCCAAAAUGUGCAGAUAUCUCAAAGCACACUGAGUUGAAAAACAACAAGAAAACAGGAAAGAUCUUCAUAUCUGCAUUUAGUGUCCUCCUAAUUCUUUGUGCUUUAUCAACACUCUGUGUUAUAGGGAUCUUUUAUCACAAUAAAGUGGUCUCAUAUGAGAUAUUAAGUAAGAAGUAUGCCAAUAUUACCACAACACUGAUGGUGCAUGAACGCAUAACCACAGAGACAGAGAGAACAUUUGAGGAACUAAAAGUGAAAUAUCAGCAAGUUCAAGAAAUUCUCUCUUCAUGCAAUGAGAACAAAACAGUCUAUGAAGAACAGAAGGAAAAGUGUCAGAAGGUUCAGGAAGAGCUUUCUACAUGUAUUGCAAAUAAAAACAGCAGACAAUGUGAGAAUGGAUGGGAGUCUUUUGGUUGGAAGUGUUACUACUUCUCCACUUCUGAAUUGACCUGGACUCAGAGUAGAGAUAAGUGUUUGGGAAAAGGAGGCCACCUGGUGACUAUAACCAGCCGAGCUGAACAGAAUUUUUUAUCUUCACAAAUUCGAGUAACACACUGGAUUGGCCUGAAUGACUUGGAGACUGAAGGAGUGUGGAUGUGGGUGAACAACCUGUCCUUAAAAGACACAGGUUUAAUGUUCUGGUUUAGUGCACCAGAGGGACCAAAUGAGCCUGAUAACUGGAAAAAACAUGAUCCUUCUGGAGAGAAUUGUGGCUCCCUGGGAGAUGAGAGUGGUGCCACAAAUCAUUGGUUUGAUGCUUCUUGUCUUAAGGGGAAACGGUUCAUCUGCGAAAAGUAAAAUACUGCCCAUAUAAUGUGCAAUUUUAAAAAUAAAUGUGCAAAUUUAGCGUAAAAAUAUUGCUUUUGAGGAAUUUUGCAAUCAGUCAAAAUUGGAGGCAGGCUGUCACCGGCGGGGUGACGUCACG